GUGUAUGGUAUGGAAGGAUUGAUUUACUCUGCCUAUUUUCUACUUCUCUGACCACGGCAAAGGUAUACUCGACUAGUCCUGGAAAGAUGAACAGUGUGCAUAUUUAAUGACCAAGUCAGCAGAAAUAACAAAUAAAAUCUCCUCCACCGAAUGUGUUUAAGAUUCAGUCACUACGCUGGCUUUUACCACUGGCCAAAUCGGAGUCAACAAAGUAAGGCGGCGAAGGCAACCCGAUAUUCAACAAAUGAUGGUUCAGUCACAUGACGUGGCUAGAUCGCCUGGUCAUGUAAUGUGUAGGCAGGCCGAACACACACUCUGAUCCAUGAGGCUGCACAAGGAAGAAUUUAACACUCAGGCAGACAAUCGCUGUGGAAUGGAAUUACCACACUGGAAAUCCCCGCCGGCAAUGUGCCCCCCUGAGGAUGUGCCUUUCUGCUUUUUGACUAACACGAACACUGAUCUGCUAAUAUCAACAUAAAUAUGUGUUUCUUUUUCCCACGGAAUGUAACCUCAAUGGAAUUGCCAUUCUAAAAGCCUUCGGAAAAUUGUUCUCAUUUUUUCACGGAUUUUGCGGCAAAUGUUACCGGGUUCGAGCUGUUGAUCAGUUGUCACAUAAACCUUAAUAAUGAUUCAUCAGCGUUUCGAUUGAGUAGGAUUUUUCAGAAUAUGGAAUUAAAUUAUGAGGAGUCAUGUGAAAUUACAAUUUCGCCACUACGAAGGGAGCAGAGUUUGUGUCGGGCGGACAAUAUAUUAGAUGAGAAUACGGAGUUCAGUAUGAGGCAGCAAAGAAAACGUCACCGUAGUCCACGCCAUGACAAAGAGGACAGGCGAAACUCGAGAACAGCUAAAGGAAACCUCGAAGAGGCUCCCAAAGCAAAAAGAGAUUCUCUCCAAAAUGGAGGUGAAAAAGACGUGACAUGCUCUGAAAUCUGUCUUGACAGGUUAACCGAUGCUGGCCCUGAUGAUUCCUCACAAGUUACUGGGGACCACCAACAAAGAUUAUCCUGGACCCUGUGUCAUAGGUGUCGACGAAUACAGGAGGCUUGUGAGACAAAGUCGCCGACCAGUGGAAAGUGUAAAGUGUUCAGUAACGUUCUCAAAUUGAAAAUGGUUCGCCAGCUUGGACAGUUGCUCAUGUUGUUGUUGUUCACAUCAUGUGGUGUUAUCAUAGCGACCACAUUACUCACGGACGUUAACGACAGAUAUGCGGCACAGUUACUCAACUCAGACAACCACCAGCUUGAUGAGGUACGCUUGCGGUCGGUCAGCCUCAAAGACUUCCGAAGACAGUUGUCACAAACUAGGAGUUACUAUGACUUACUAAGGAUAUUUUUUGACCGGAAAAGUAUAUCUGACAAAGAAAUAGACGAGCUUUUGAUGGCCAAAACAUUAAAACGAAUCUCUGGCCAUGUUCAUUUACGUGAAAUCUCCGCGAGUGAGGAUUACCCAGACGAAAUGUACUACGACUACGGAGACUACGCUUUACAGGAUCCUGGGACAUCAGUCAUGGAGGAUACCCAUCGAGCGUAUGCUCAUUUUGAAGAAAUGGAAAAUAGCCCACUUGGCUACUGUUACCACCCUCAGCCGGAAAUCAUGCCCGUCCGCGGGGAAGGAGACUCCAAACAUAAGUUAUAUAUCCCAGAAUGCACCGUGUUACAUCGAUGUCGUAACGUCAGUGGUUGUUGUCCUAACUCUUCAACGACAUGCGGGCCGAAAACCAUCGAAGUCAUCACCAAGUCAUUUUUCGUUGUGGAACUGACGGAUCCUGACCAAGUCCAACCCAGUAACAUACAGAUGGUGGAGAACCUGGACUUCAUUAAUCAUACCGAGUGCGAAUGUAAAGAAAUCAAAGGUUUACCUGGCUGUGACCAGGAAUGCCCAACUCACUUCACACGGAUGAGAUCUAACAUGAAGUGUUUAUGCGACUGCCUUGACGAUAAUGAGAUCUGUCUGGAGAUCAAACGUGGACACAAGAGUCUCGACGAGAAAACUUUAAUGCGUAUCAAGGACAAAACUUACAUGGCGCCAGUGUGUGAGGAGGAAGUGUUUGACAUAAAGACAGGCUAUUGUCCCAGAGUACACAUUCGACAUGAGGAGCAUCACUACGGCCAUCGGACAAAACACAGGGACCGUAACCAUAGAAACCAACAUGAACGCAAUCACAGAAGAAAAAACCACAAGGAAAGACGGGGGAAGAAUAGCUGAUUAAGUGUUAAUAAUGAGGAAUGUUUGGACAAUAUGUUUGACAAUGACUACAUGUAGGUAGGUAGGGUACAGGGUGAACCCACCGUCUGUAACACUGCCAGAGGACAUAAACUCCGCUUUGUGGUGUAGGAAACCUUGCAAUGAGGGUGAAGUCUUGCGCCGUUGCGGAUCACUACACACUCGUAUCUUGAAUCUGACUGGUACAUUGGUCAGAGAAAAUACUACAUGGCUUCAUCACCUUUGUGAUGAACGUUACCGAUGACUUCACACUCGUAUCUUGAAUCCGACUGGUACAUUGGCCAGAGAAAAUACUACAUGGCUUCAUUACCUUUGUGAUGAACGUUACCGAUGACUUGGGUUUUCCUUGUUAUGAAUAACAUAUGGAUUUUUCGUGGUGUAUUUACCUUUGAUCAGGUAUAAAUAUCCCUAAUCAACUCCCUGAUGUUCUCACAAUGACUUUGAUAACACUGUGAUGAAGUUAUGCAAAUGAAUGUGUGUCCGUGGGUUUAGACUAUAAGAGACUUUUCGUCGACCGUCAUAAUCUUGGUAACACGCUCAACGAUAAAGUGUUGCCAAAGUGGGUGUUUCCAUCAUGUAGGCGGUUGGUGCUGGGAGAGUGGAACAGAAUAAUCAACCACUGUUUCACUCAGAGACGGACAUAAUCUGCUCUAUACCUGGCAAUCAGAAACUCGUUUUAGCUUUUGUACAGCAAGCGGAGAUGGUGGUCAUGACUAUUUGUGUUCAUUGUGCCAGUACCUGUCGGCUUGUGUACUGUCGGGUGUAUUUUGUGUUCUCCUCAUGUUUACUUUAUAUACAUGUUUAUACAUUUUAUUUUACUGUUACUGUCCAUCCGAUAGUACGCAAGAAACAGUUUACCUCGCAGUUCAGCUCAAUGCAAACAGUGUGAUUGUUAAGAAAUGAUUAACGGCUGUACAUGAUAUUUAUUUGCAUCAAUUUGUAAAUGUAACCCUCGUGCUAGUAAAUAAUCACGCGCAUGCGCAUCUUCUCUUUUUGUCACCAGCAAUUUCUAGCGAUUUCAGAUUAUCUGACGAUGAAACAUGCCGCAAAACGUGUGAAAUUGUCUGUUAGUUUACACACGUGUACAUAUAGACCCACAUAAACCUAAUCACUUGAAUACUAACCGAAUCCGGCACAGGUCGUGAUGUAUCCACAUGCUGUAACCACAGCUACAUGAGAUAUGCUUAAAAUUUGGAAUGGUUUUUGUUAUCUUUGAGAUGAACGAUUACGAUGCGGUCACUGCUUUCUUGGCUGAGAAUUGAAACAUCACCGGGUUUUCCUCGUCUGUCAUUUUCAUCUCCCUGAAAGGUAUAGCGAAGGCAUGUGUCAGUCUUAUUGGUUACAUGUAUGGCGACAUGGACUUAGCUCUAUAGCGUAGAGACAGUUCGUCGGUAAUUUACCAAAGGCCACUGGUUUUCCACGGGUUUUCUUUCACUUAUAACCUUUACCACAUCGUAUAGAUCAUGAAACAUUUUUCACUAUAAGCCGUUAAACUGCAAUCAAAUAAAUAGGAAAUCUAUAGCGUAUACAUUAUAUUAGAUUCGACGUUAAAGAGUCGACCGGUUUUUUUUUUUUUCCUUCAGACUACAAGGAUGUGCGUGUUCUUUUACCGCGAACAGCAUUACGCAUGCGCUCUGUGUCAAGAUGUUGUACAUGUACUUACUGGACUUCAGGCCUUAACCUGGAACUCACAUAUAAAUACGUUUUAUUUGUUAUAGAACAGAUCAUAAAAAUACACA